AUGCUCUUUCGAAGCUUCAAUUUGCAAGAAUGCGCCUGUUUCGGGACCAAAGAAUUUUGCGAUUGUAGCGAGGACUUUCAGUUUUUCGAUGGAAGUUGUUUGCCGAUUCAGAGAGAAACGCGAAGCUCGAGAAAAUGUGCUGAGAAGGAGAUUCCUUUUGAUGACGGAUGCGGGGUCAUUAGACAGUGUACCAGCGAAGAAUUACGAGAUUGCGGUCUACAAAGAUGUGUUGGUAUGACGAUUCACAGCGAAGAAUGUCAUGGAAAGUCACAUGACUGCGGAAGGGAAGACGAUCUUCAUAAGAAAGUCCACCGCUGCUAUCCGAAUUCCGAGCCAGGAAAAGACAACGUCUUGAUUUUCACGCCGAGACAAAAUGGAAAAGCGCUCGUAAAGAAUCAACCAUGGAAGUCAGAAUUCUCCAACAACUACUCACCAGAAACUUUACGUCUGACAAACAAGAUCGUUCGCGAAUUCGAGGUCUUGAAAGGAGAAAUGAAGUCUGCUUUUCCGGAUUUAUUGGUCAAUAAUGUGAACAUUCAAAAGUUUGGUCGGACGGAGGAAAAUGAGAUAUUUCUCGAGCUGAAGUAUAUUGUCGAUUUUACGGGGGAAAUUCUCCCUGAGGCUUUUCAAGUGGAACUGAAGAAUAUUAUCCACGAGAAAUUUACAAGAUCAUUCAGAUCAAAUUCAAUCGAAAUCGUGUUUAACUUCGACGAUUUCGACUUCAAAAUCCUCGAUUAUUCCGACUUCUUCCGCUCAAAACUUUCCUCCAUCGACCCUUCAACCCUCCCAGAAGCGCUCUCUUACCUUUUAUCCUGCGAAAAAUGCUCGGUUUUUCAAUCGAAGCCGGAGCAAGAAAUGAGGAUCGCGGAUCAAAAACCGAUGAUGAAUUCGAUUGUUGGAUCUGCUUCAUUAUGUGAUCUGUGUGAUGCUAAAAAUGAGUCGCUUUUUGUUCAAGUCAAGAAAUGA